UGUAAAAAUACAUCUUUGUUCUUGAUCUUCACUUGGAGCGCCUCAAUCAAUCCUUCCCGCCAUUUCUCCCGAGUCUCACACUCUCACUCUCCCAAAUCCUCUCCAUUUGAUGCUCUCACGAUCACUCUGUUCUUGCCAUUGUCUACGCCUCCCCUCUCUCCUCCGUCUCCAUUACCCCAUCGCCCUCUUCCGCCCUAAACCCUCUUCACUCCCUCUCAUUUCCCUCUCCCCCCAAAACCCUAAUCUUCGUGCCAUGUCCUCCCGCCCCUCCGCCUUCGACGCCCUCAUGUCCGGCGCCCGCGCCGCCGCCGCCAAGAAAAAGCCCCAGCGUUCGCCCUCCAAGAAGCGCCAAGCCCUAGACUCCACUGACCCUAUCAAAAAACCCCAAUUGCUGCCUACGCCCGAAAGCGCCGGCGCAACCCAAGAUCCAGAACCCGUGGAAGUCAAAGCUCCGGAAUCCAAGGAAAUUAAAGAAGCUCAAGAAAGUUCUGGCAAUGGCGGUGAGGUGGUUCCGGCAGGGAAGAAAGUGUGCGUGGUGGCGGGUGCUAAGGAGCGGACUGAGGAAUUGAAGAGCCGAAUGCCGCUACUGAAGAAGAAAGCCGGGGAAUUUGACCCAAAAUUGGUGGCGAAUUGGGGCCAGGGCGAGAGGGUUCCUUUUGUGUUUGUUUGUUUAGUUUUCAAUUUGAUUGACAAAGAGACGGGUCGGAUUGUGAUCACGGAUAUUGUUUGUAACAUGUUGAGGACUGUAAUGUACACCACGCCUGAGGAUUUGGUGCCUGUGAUUUAUCUUGCGGCGAAUAGGAUUGCUCCGGCGCAUGAGGGUUUGGAGCUUGGAAUUGGGGAUGCUUCGAUUGUUAAGGCCCUUGCAGAGGCUUUUGGGACGACUGAAGCGCAUGUGAAGAAGCAAUACAAGGAGCUGGGAGAUCUUGGUCGUGUUGCAAAGGAAAGCCGUUCUUCACAAUCUAUGAUGCGCAAGCCUGAUGCAUUAACUGUCACCAAGGUUUUUAGUACAUUUCGUCAACUAGCUAAGGAAUCUGGGAAGGAUAGUCAGGAGAAGAAAAAGAACCAUAUCAAGGCACUUCUUGUUGCUGCCACUGAUUGUGAACCUCAAUAUCUGAUCCGUUUGCUUCAGACAAAGUUGCGAAUUGGAUUGGCAGAGCAGACUCUAUUAACUGCAUUGGGACAAGCUGCAGUGUAUACUGAAAAACAUUCGACACCACCUUCUCAUAUUCAGAGUCCUCUAGAAGAGGCAGCAAAGCUUGUUAAGCAAGUGUACUCUCUGCUUCCUGAUUACGAUAAAAUCAUCCCUGCCCUUUUAAGUGGAGGUGUAUGGAAUCUUCCAGAGAUAUGCAACUUUACUUUGGGCGUCCCAGUUGGGCCUAUGCUAGCAAAACCAACUAAGGGGGUAUCUGAGAUUGUACAGAAGUUUCAGGAUACAGAAUACACGUGUGAAUACAAGUACGAUGGAGAACGUGCCCAGAUACAUUUCAUGGAGAAUGGUUCUGUUGAGAUAUACAGUCGAAAUGCUGAACGAAACACUGGAAAGUAUCCUGAUGUGGUUGCUGCAGUGUCGAGGUUAAAGAAGUCAUCUGUAACAUCAUUCGUUUUGGAUUGUGAAAUUGUUGCUUACGACCGUGAAAAGCAAAAAAUUCUGCCCUUCCAGGUACUCAGCACUAGAGCGCGUAAAAAUGUGAGCUUGAGUGAGAUCAAGGUUGAAGUCUGCAUAUUUGCUUUUGAUAUGUUGUAUCUUAAUGGCCGACCACUUAUUCAGGAACAACUGAAAGUUCGUAGAGAGUGUCUGUAUGACUCUUUUGUGGAAGAAGCUGGGUUUUUUCAGUUUGCCACAGCCUUAACAUCAAAUGAUAUUGAUGAAAUACAAAAGUUUCUUGAUGCUGCUGUCAGUUCAAGUUCUGAGGGUUUAAUUAUUAAAACAUUGACCAAAGAUGCUACAUACGAGCCUUCAAAGCGGUCACUUAACUGGCUGAAAUUGAAGAAAGAUUACAUGGACAGUAUUGGGGACUCACUAGACUUGGUGCCUAUUGCUGCUUUCCAUGGCCGGGGAAAACGUACAGGUGUCUAUGGUGCUUUCCUCCUCGCUUGUUAUGAUAGCAAUAAUGAAGAGUUUCAAAGCAUUUGUAAAGUAGGCACUGGACUCACUGAAGCAAUGCUUGAAGAACGUUCUGCCAGUCUCCGUACUAAAGUGAUACCCAAACCUAAGUCAUACUAUAGGUAUCAUGAUACAAUGAAUCCAGAUGUAUGGUUUGAACCCUCAGAGGUUUGGGAGGUGAAAGCUGCGGACCUGACUAUUAGCCCCGUUCAUCGUGCUGCAGUUGGCAUAGUGGAUGCUAAUAAGGGUAUUUCUCUCCGGUUUCCACGUCUUAUUCGAGUUCGGGAAGACAAACCUCCGGAGCUAGCCACAUCAUCUGAGCAGGUAGCCGAGUUGUAUAAUGCUCAAGCGAUCAACCAUUCAAACAAUCAAAAUGACAACGAAGAUGAUUAGGGAACAGAAUCUUCAUCAUUUUACUCAUUUCUGGAGAUGUCCUGUGUAAAGAAAUCGGCACUCAUGUUGAUACAGCUCAUGUGAGUAUCUCAAUGUGAAUUUUUAAAAUUUUAAGCCGUUAGGGUUUAACCGUUACAUGAUGGAUCCUUGGGUGCUUUCCCCAAUAGUCUGGUGCCAGAGGCAACAUAUAGAGGAGUCAAAACAUUGAGAAUUUUAUCCUGGGCUGCUAAUAUUCAUCCUGUGCCGUUGCUCAUUUAGGAUUUAGGGCUUUGUUUUUUGUUGUUGUUGAUCAAAUAUUGGGCAAACUGUACUUUGUAUCAAAGCAUUAUCAACUCAAAAUUUUCUCCUUUUUAAUUGAAGUACUAAUUUGUUUA